UCCUAAAAGCAGCUCAAAGUCAAAGUCAAAGUCAAAGACAAUCUCAAUCUCAAUCUCAAUCUCAACCUCAAUCUCAAUCUCAAUCUCAAUCACCUUCAACCCAUUGAACAACUACAGCCAAAAGAGUAUCUCACUACCACCCACCACAAAGGUCUUUUGGCCACAGCAGCAAUAUAAUAAAUACUUCAACUCCUAAGCCAACGUAAUCAUAUAUCGAAAAAUCCAUUAUAUCAUUUCAACAUAAAAAGAAAGGAACGCUGGACGUUGUUGUGCAACGGCAACUCGGUCUUUCUUGAUCUCCCCCUGGCUUGCGACCUCGAAUUAUCUCAAAGUUCCAACGGUCUGCAAGACAUAGAGCGGGUGGAGUUUUUAUUCUCCCAAGAGCAGGCAGGCUUCACUUUGUAUGUGAUUGCAAGAUCUUGCAUUAUUUGCUGAAAGAAUAAUUGCUAAUAAUUGUAAAUACAGUCAUUUUUGUCUUCUCUUUCAACGAUACCCCGCGGCUUCGAUCUGCUUGUUCCCUUUUCAGAAUCCUGCAUACAUUGUUCUUUAAGUUGUAAUCCUGCAUUUUCAUCAAGAUGUCUUCACAAAAUAGGUAUGAAAAUCUCCCCAUCUUAUGUUUAUCUGCACAAAGCACCUGCUGGAAAUAAUCCAAAAUGUGCAGAAAUAUUCGAGUGUUUAUCUCCCCCGACAGACGUUAUUCGCCUUUCCAUGACCUUAACAGCCUUCUGCCUUUGAAUAAUAUAUCUUCGCCAAGUUUUCUUUGUAGAUUUUUACAUGAACAAAACUAACCAAUAUUGCUAUUUUCAGCAUUUAUAGUCCAGGUCAAUUCAUGAACCCUGGACCUGCGCCUCGACCUCCUGCUGGCCCUCGAUUAAAUUACACUCCUACUACCUCGAAUGUUCCCGGAAAUGUGUCUGCACCCAACAUCUCCCAGUUGAGCAUCAAUUCUCCCAUCACCAGAACUGCUUCAUCAACAUACUCCGGUUCGACGGUCUCUCUGCCCUUAGCUCGACAACAGACCAAUAUGGAUGGACAAGGAGGUGUCGCAGUGAUCAAGGAGGGAUGGGCUUCGGUAAAGGAGGGCAAGAACUUUAUCAGUCCUUGGAAGAAUAAGUGGCUCAUCCUCCGCAAAGAGGCACUCGAUUUUCAUAAGACUGAGGGUGGAAAAGUUGCAUAUCAAAUUGUGCUCAAGGAUGUCCUUGGAGUUUCAAGAGUUGAGGCCGCUGGAACCAUCUUCGAAAUCAGGAGAACAUUGAAUGGCUCAUCAAACAAUCCAGGGGAUGAUGACAGUUCUGGAAGAACUCUUCAGAUCAAAGUCAAGACUGACGAUGAUUUGUAUGAAUGGAUCGACUUCAUUUAUGCCCGCUGCCCUGGCAUGGGCGGUGUCAGCAACCCGACCAAUUUCAGUCAUUCCGUCCAUGUCGGUUUCGAUCCCAACACCGGAGAGUUUGUCGGAUUGCCUGCAGAGUGGUCAAAAUUGCUAAACUCCUCAGCUAUUACCAAGGAAGAUUAUGAGAGAAAUCCUCAAGCUGUUUUCGAGGUCCUGGAGUUCUACUCUGAUAUUACCAAGCGUCAACAGAAUCCACAGCAAUUUUCGAGUUUGACCCCUACUCCAUCCGUCGCUGCUAAUCAAAAUAAACAACUUGGCUACAUGCCAGGUAACUCCGUUGCACCACCCAGACCGCUUCAGCCUCAACAGCAACAACAGCCAAAUAACAACGGAUAUGGCUCUCCUCAACAGCAGCCUCGAAGGCCCACACCUCCUGAGCAAAGUCAGCAACGCAACCAAAUGCAGCAAAUGGCAGCGAACUAUGUUACUCCUGAUCAGCGCGAGGAACAGAGACAAGCGCAAUUGACAGCACAAAGACAGCGGGAACUAGAGAUGGCAGAACAAAAUCGACUUGAUAUGGAAGAAUACAACGCGACAAUCCCUCAAACUCGCAUCCCAAUGGCCAAACAGGAGAUUGGUGGUGGUUAUUCGAGCAGUCCUCAAGAUCGAUACAAUCCGACUCGUGUGGCGCCUCCUGCUCCUCGUCCGCAGCAAGGUCAACAGGCUACUGCUCAAAGACCAGCGCAGAGACAAGCACCGUCUGCACCAUCUGCACCAUCUGCAAGCGAUUCAAGCAGACCACCACUCAAUACCCAGCAGAGCUCUUCUUCAGUUAGAGAUCAAAAUGGGUCAAAUAAAUCACCAUCGGAAAGACAGGAUCCUCGAUAUCCUAACAGUCAAACUUCUAGUCCACAGCAGCAGCGACCAGCUCAGCAACAACCAGCAUCUAGGUUACCUGCGCCAGUUAACAAUGUCAAGCCACUCAAUGUCGCUCCCAAACCAGCUGCCAAUGGUAUUCAACAGAAUGACGCUGUCAAAGCUGCAGAAGCUGCUCUCACUGCCAAGCCAGCCGCCUCUGAACGCACAAAGGACGUUCGAAUGUCAACCAUGUCGGAGAAUGAAGUUAUGGCUAAGUUGAAAGAGGCUGUCUCCAAAGAUGAUCCUAACCUUUCCUACUCCAAGCAAAAGAAAAUUGGACAAGGUGCUUCUGGUUCCGUCUAUGUUGCAAAGGUGAAGGAGAAUCCGGCAUCUCCUGUUGCUCGUGAAGUUCUACGUCAACAAGGCAGCAAAGCCCAAGUUGCAAUCAAACAAAUGGAUUUGGCACACCAGCCGAGAAAGGAGUUGAUUGUAAAUGAAAUCAUGGUCAUGAAGGAUAGCAAGCAUCGUAACAUUGUCAAUUUCCUUGAUGCUUUCUUAAGAAACAACUAUACGGAACUCUGGGUUGUCAUGGAAUACAUGGAAGGAGGUGCUUUGACUGAUGUUAUUGACAAUAACCCUAACAUUACUGAGGACCAAAUUUCCACCAUUUGCCUUGAGGUUUGUUCCAAAUCUGAUACCCAACUCUCCGUAUCUUUACUAAUUUCUGUAGACCUGUCGUGGACUCGAGCAUCUUCAUGCACAGAGCAUUAUCCAUCGUGAUAUCAAGAGUGACAAUGUUUUGCUCGAUGCACGUGGUAAUGUCAAGAUUAGUAAGUUCUUUCAAUCUGGUUUUUAGAUCUACAUACUAACUCACUCGUAGCGGAUUUCGGAUUCUGCGCUAAGCUCACUGAAUCUAAAUCUAAGCGCGCUACCAUGGUCGGUACUCCUUACUGGAUGGCGCCCGAAGUUGUCAAGCAAAAAGAGUAUGGUCCAAAGGUCGAUAUCUGGUCUCUUGGUAUCAUGGCUAUUGAGAUGAUCGAAUCUGAGCCACCGUAUUUGAAUGAGGAGCCUCUCAAAGCUCUUUAUCUGAUUGCCACCAACGGUACACCUCGUCUCAAGAAGCCCGAAAAAUUGAGUAAAGAACUCAAAGCUUUCUUAUCCGUCUGUCUAUGUGUCGAUAUCAGAAGCAGAGCAUCCGCAGAUGAACUGUUGAUGCAUGACUUCUUGAAGCACGGCUGCGAUACUGCUAGCUUGGCUAACCUCCUCCACUUCCGAAAGAAUGCCAAAUAAGCAACCAGCAACUUUACGAGAGUUAAUGAUGACAACGUUUACGAAAAUCGAAUACUCGGUGGCAUUCGAGUUCGUGUUUGGAAGCAGUUAUAUCGAUUUUAAUAUUAUUUUUGCGACAUAACGCAGGUUACAUCAUGGUUAUAUUUUGUGGUCCCUAUAUCAACAGCAUGAAUCCCGGAGUUUGUGGGAGUUUCACAUCCUGUUUUCUUUGCUCGACAUUUAAGAAGCAUCGUGGAUAGAUGUCAAUGGCAUGUCUAGAGGCCUAUAAAGACAGGUGAAAGGGAGUAACCUCUAGUUUUACUUUUACCUAUUUUAACUUCUCGAUAAUUUUCCGGUUUGUGGAUACCUAUCCUUGGGAUCUUUCGAAAGCAGGCCUCGAAUUGAGGAUAUACUUUACGGGAAGAUGGCCAUAAGGAACAAUAAUUGGCGUCAGGUAGAAUAAUUGAAGAUUAAUAAUAAAUAAAAGAUAGAAAA